CAAGAACCAUAACCUUCCCUUCACCAACAAAAACCAUUUUACCCCCCUCAAAGAAACUUUCCACCUUUCAUAUCCCUCCCAACCUCUUCCUCUCUAACCCACUUAGCUUCCCCCUGCAAAAAAAUGGCGAGCUCUGCCUCAUUCGCCACAUCUCUAGCCCUCAUUUUCUGCCUCGUCGGAAUCGCUCUUCCGACCACCACACUAGCCACCACUUACACCGUCGGCGACACCAGCGGCUGGGCAAUCGGCGCCGAUUACACCACAUGGACCGCCGGCAAGUCAUUCAAAGUCGGCGAUUCCCUCGUGUUUAAUUACCCCGGCGGGCACACGGUGGACGAGGUGAGCGCCAGCGACUACAAAACGUGCACGGUGGGGAACGCCCUGAAUUCCGACAACAGCGGAGCCACCACCGUGCCGCUCAAGACCGCCGGCACACACUACUUCAUCUGCGGAGUCGUCGGGCACUGCGGCGGAGGGAUGAAGCUCGCCGUCACCGUCGCUGCUGCUGCUGCUGGUGGAUCCGCCACUCCCACAACCUCCCCUGCCUCCGGCGGCGGCGCCGAUACCACCACUACUUCCCCUGCUACCCCGGCCGCCACCGCUUCCACUACACCUAACCGCCAGGCGUCCAACUUCCCUGACUCUUCCGCGGCGGCUGGCAACGUUGCGCCGCUGUUUGGGGCUGUCAUUGUCGCGGCGGCGGUGGCUUUGGUGAUGGUUUCGUCGUCGUGAGAGAGAUGUUGGGUGGACGGCCAGGAUAGAGGCAGUGCUCUGUUUUCUUCUCUGUUUCAUUUCCGUUGUGAUCUUUUUUUUAUGGUUUUCUUUUCAGUAAUUUGGGUGUGCUGAGUUUGGUGGUUUAAUUAUGUUUGUUACUUUGUUAUGAAAUGAGUAGAGCGCUAGCUUAGCUAGCUAGGGAAUUCCAUGCUUUCAAAGGUGGAGAUUAAUAUAUAAUGAUGAUGCUUUGUU